GGGGCUACCCUAUCUUCUUCAGACGACGCCUUUCCCAUCUCGGGCUACCGUCCGAGAGGCUUUCCCUUCAAGCAGGGCCACCUCCGCAAUCCAAGAAGCUUGGCUGUACCACCAUCGCCACAACGCCUACCCUCUAUCUCUCUAGUCUUCCCGCAGAGGCAAUUCUCCGCGCUGGCGCCUAUCCAACUCCUGAUAGGAUGCCUCCAUCUGACCCCUAUGUACAUAUGUGAUUCUACUGUACAUCGCCUUUGGGGUAGACACUCCCGCAGUCUGACCAGGCCCAGCGUGAACGAAGUGCUCGUGGCAAAAGUACUUUAUCCUCUCUCCCUCCCCUCUCUUCUCCUUUCCUCCGUCUCUUCUCUCUCCCCACCUCCCUCCAACCCAUCAUCCCAAAACCACACCAUGUCCGACAUAGAAAAAGGGUCAGCGGGCUCCCACGACAAGGAGACCCGCGUCGACGCGGCCACUCUUCCCGCCUAUGAGGCCGGCAGCGUCGCCGAGGCGCAACAGGAGGACUUCAUGACGCGCAACGGUCUCAACCUCGCCUCCUUCAAGCCCCGCCGGUUCCACACGGGCGACGGCACCGAGAUCGAGCGCACCAUGAAGUCCCGCCACCUGCACAUGAUCGCCAUUGGCGGCUCCAUCGGCGCCGGUUUCUUUGUCGGGUCCGGCAAGGCGCUGCACAACGGCGGGCCGGCGUCGCUGCUGAUUGAUUUCGCCAUCAUCGGCGUCAUGAUGUUCAACGUCGUGUACGCCCUGGGUGAGCUGGCUGUCAUGUUUCCUGUUACCGGUGGCUUCUACACCUACUCGACUCGCUUUAUCGAUCCGUCUUGGGGUUUCGCCAUGGGUUGGAACUAUGUUUUCCAGUGGGCGAUUGUCUUGCCUCUGGAACUUACCGUUUGCGGGUUUACGGUCGGGUACUGGAAUCAGGACAUAAGUGUUGCCGUCUGGAUCACCAUCUUCCUCGUCGCCAUCAUCAUCAUCAACGUCUUCGGCACCCUCGGCUACGCCGAAGAGGAAUUCUGGGCUUCGGCAUUCAAGCUCGGCGCCACCAUUGUCUUCCUCAUCAUCUGCCUCGUCAUGGUCCUCGGCGGCGGUCCCAAAGGCAGCCGCUACGACCACUACACCGGUGCCGCCCUGUGGUACUCCCCCGGCGCCUUCGCCAACGGCUUUAGGGGGUUCUGCUCCUGCUUCGUCACUGCGGCUUUUGCCUUUUCGGGCACCGAACUCGUCGGUCUCGCUGCUGCCGAGGCCAAAAACCCCGUCAAGUCCCUUCCCGGCGCCAUCAAGCAAGUCUUUUGGCGCAUCACCCUCUUUUACAUCCUCGGUCUCUUCUUCGUCGGCUUGCUCAUCCCCUAUGACGACGAGAACCUGUUGGGCGCUAACCCGUUCAUCAACGUCAACGCCUCCCCCUUUGUGCUGGUGGGCAAGUACGCGAACCUGACGGGCUUCGACUCGUUCAUGAAUGUGGUUAUUCUGGUGUCGGUCCUCUCGCUCGGUGUCUCGUGCGUCUAUGGUGGCUCGCGCACCUUGACUGCCCUCGCUCAGCAGGGGUACGCGCCCAAGAUCUUUACGUACGUUGAUCGUUCCAACCGCCCGCUGUUCUCGGUCCUGCUCAUUAUUGCGUUUGGCCCCCUGGCGUAUGUCAACUUGGCGGCUGCUGGUCCGACCGUGUUCGAUUGGUUGCUUUCGCUUUCCGGGCUGGCGGCGCUGUUCACGUGGGGAUCGAUUUGCUUGAGCCAUAUUCGCUUUCGCAAGGCGUGGGCGCUCAAGGGACAUAGUGUGGAGGAGAUCCCGUUCCGGGCUGCGGGCGGUGUGUGGGGAUCGUGGCUGGGGUUGGUGUUGGUUGUUUUGGUGUUGAUUGCUCAGUUCUACGUAGCCAUCUGCCCACCCGGCGGCGGCUUCAACACGGUCGAGGGCUUCUUCGUGCAGUACCUCGCCUUGCCCGUCGUCAUCGUCUUCUGGAUCGGUGGAUUCAUCUGGAAGCGCACGAGCUGGCUCCGCGUUGAUCAGAUCGAUGUUGACACGGGCCGUCGCGAACAUGAUUGGGAGUCGAUUAAUGCGUACCAAGCUGAGUUGGCUGCUAUGCCUGCUUGGAAGAGGUGGUUCCAUAAGUUGUUUGUCUGAAAGCUGCUGCUGUCACAGUAAAGAAGCAGUGAGGAUGGAUGACUGUGGAUUGCUUUUGUUUUUGUUUUUUGUGUUGGAUACCUAACUUAUACCAUUGUUGAAGCGUUGAAGCGAGAGAGAGAGAGAGGCAGAGAGAAAAUGAAAAAGGGGAGGGAAGGGGGAACCUAAUGAAAAGAUGGAACUUGAUGAUGAUAUCGAGAUUAAUGAAAUGAAGAAUCAGUCCAUAAUGAAGUGUUGACCAUACAACCAAACCAUUCUCGCACUUCCUUCCA